AUGGUGGAUAUUCCUCCUCCUCCUUCUUCUUCUUCUUCUUCUUCUGUGUUCGACAUCGAGGUUCAGGCGACGUUUAUCAUCGUCGAGAGGAAUCCCGGCGCCGGAGACGAACCAUUUGUCGAAUCCGGGAGGAUUAUUUCUCAAGUGAUCCACGAGUUUCCUCUCGAUGACUUGAUUAACGACGGAAACGAUGCCGUCUUAGACAUGCUUAACUCCAUGUGCAUCCCGGUUCAACCGUCGAUGGUGGAAGAUAUAGCCGCCGCCGCUUCUCGUUUGGCGGCGGACGCUAGGGAUAGAGACGGAAAGGUUUUGAGAAUGCAAGUUGCGAUUGAGGCUGUGGUAGAAGAAGUUCCCGACUUCGGGAGUGGUGAUGCGGAUAUCGAUGAUAGUGACGACGAAGGGGUGGUGGCCAUGACAGCGGAAGAGGUGGCGGGGAGUCUGGGGAAGACGGUGGUGGAUGCGGCGGGGAAGGAGUGUCCGAUUUGUUUGGAAGAUUUAGUGGUGGGUGGGGAAGCGGCCUGCGUGCCUUGCUCGCAUGCUUUUCAUGAAGUCUGCAUUAUUACAUGGCUGAAGAAGAAGAAUCGCUGCCCUUGUUGUCGUUUUGAUCUAUCUAACAUGAAUGAAGUGUAGGAGUUUUAAUUAUUUCAAGAAUCUGCUGUCUCCUUUUUUUUUAAUUAUAUUAAUUCCCAAAAAAAAUAUGAAUUAGUUUUUCCAAUUGUAGUUUCAUAAAUAUUGAGUAUUAUUGUACCUUCGUUGA